AUGGCCAGCUACGGAAAAUUCACGGUGGCAGAUCUGAAAAUGAUGAUGCGAGGAAUUGGGAUGACAGCUAAACAAUGGCCGGGGAAAAAGAAAGAAAUGCUCCUCAAGCUUGCAGAAUGGGACAAAGCACAUCCUGACGAUAUUGCCGCCAACAGACGCGUUGCUGCAGGCGGCCUGGCUCGAUCUCAGGCGUCUACAGCUGCUGCGCCUGUCCCAGCACCAGCACAAGCCACACCAUCAACACAAGUCCCAACAUCAACACAAGUCCCAACAUCAACACAAGUCCCAACAUCAGCACCAGCAGAACUUAAAGAGGGUAGGAAGCGUAGGCAGAGCACUCCUCUGGCCGAGUCAGGUGCCAGAACCAAGCGUCAGAAAAAAAACGAAGGCAUAGAUGAAACGUCCGAUGUCGAGGAUACUUUGUCCACCGCAAAACCUACUCGUAUACUGAAGAUUCGACUGCGCAAUCCAUCGUCCGCAACAGGAUCCAAUGUCGCAGAGCCGUCUUUUCGGAUGAGCAUCCCGAUACCACACGAAGAUGAAGACGCUGUCAUGACUGACACAGAUGAGGAGCAUGUUGCUCGCCUUCCGCCCACAUCUACGCGACACGACCUCUCUGUCAUCCCGGAAGAGGAGGAUGCCUCAUCGAACAUAUUGACUCGCGAUCCGCAAACUCUUGUCACAACCGCAAUCAAGGCGGACAAGAAGGCAGCAGUGAGCAAGACUGUGAAGCCCGGCAACAAGGGGCAAUUCGAGGGGUCAUCCAGUAAGAUGUCGAAUGAGAACAGCAAAGACGAGCAAUACCGACCAUCUCAUAUUGAGCCCGAUAGCUUUGAACUCGAACAUCCCACUUCAAGAAAGAUUCCUGCAUCUCUCAAAGCAAAGGGGCUUGCAGCGCGUCGGGAUACAACAUCAGCGAAAGUGGACAAGGUAGAUGAUGCUAUACCAGAGGACGAGCAAGAGACUUCUGAUGAAGGUCUUGUCAGUGGUUCUGGCGAUUCUGAAGAUCUUGGACAGGAGGCUGCCGGCGCUCCUGUCAAGUGGCCUUCGAAGAAGGCUUCCAAGACCAAGAGCACGAAAAAAGCAGCAGGAAAGGUUCCCAAGGCUCCACCAGCAAAGAAAGAAAUGCAUAAAGAAAAGGAACGUAGACACCACCUGCUUCGACCACUAGGUGCUUAUUCUGACCCUGUGGUUGCAGAAGCCUGGCGCGUCAGGAAGCGCACGGUCAAACUCAAGAUGGACCAUCAUGUUUCGCCAGGCACCGAGCGAGCACCCAUGGAACAGCUUGGGAGCUGGCGUCGUGAAGAGCGGUACUUUGAAAUAGAAAAGGAGGCAGGUAGAGAGUUGAAAUUGUGGAUGUCGGGAGAUUUCGACGAGGAUGAUCGAGAGCGCUCGCCGAUGGAGAUGGCUUUCCCACCCGAUCCACCGAGUUAG